ACUCUUUUCUCUUUGAUAUUCCCGUCUUCUUCUCCAAAAUUCCAUCUAUCCAUGGUCGAUCCAUGUUUGUUCAGGGUUUGUAAACUGCACAAUAAGAUUGAACCAGUUCCAAUUUCUGUGUACUAGAUCCAACAUUCUUGUUCUAUAGAAGAAAAUUGAUACAACUCUGUGCUAUCUGUAGUUCUGCUGGCAAAAAAAUUAAAUGGAGUGGCUAGUAAUCAUCUUUACAUUGGUUGUGCUGUGGGUGGCCUCACUCUUUAAAAUUCUCCACGAAUCUCUCUCUGCCUCACAAGCUACAGUUUUAAAUGAUGGUGGAGUUUUUCGCAAGAGAAAUGUCUUAUUGGUUAUUGCCCAUCCUGAUGAUGAGUCUAUGUUCUUUACUCCAACCCUUAAUUAUUUGUCUUCGAGAGGAUGUAAUUUACACAUAUUAUGCAUGUCAACAGGUAAUGCAGAUGGUAUGGGCAGUGUCAGAAAAGAAGAACUUUAUUUGGCCUCGAUUGUGCUUAAGGUUCCACAAAAGCAAGUGAAAGUCCUUGAUCAUCCAGAUCUACAGGAUGGUUUUGGCAAAUCAUGGAACUCUAAGGUAUUGUCAAAGAUUAUCAAGGAGGAAAUUGUCAAUUGUGCAAUUGAUUUGGUCAUAACUUUUGAUAAUUAUGGAGUCUCAGGUCACUGUAACCAUCAAGAUGUUCAUCAAGGUGUACGAAAACUAUUGCAAGAUACUUCACAUAAAGAAGUUGAAGCCUGGGAGCUUGUUAGCACUAACAUAUUGCGCAAGUACAGUGGACCAGUUGACAUAUGGUUGUCUCUUCUAUCUGCCAAGUUCCAUUUAAGUGGAGUGGUGCUUUGCUUGCUAAAUGAACAUCCCAGAAGGAGCUUAGCUGCAAUGGCUCAGCACAAGAGCCAGUGGGUUUGGUUUCGCAAGCUAUUUGUUUCUUUCUCAAGUUACACAUAUGUUAACUGCCUUAAGAAGAUCAAUUAGAUACAUAUAAGGCUAUUGGUUCCUCAAGACACUAGACCAACUUGAUGUUGGUUCAGCAAUGAGAACAGUAGGUAAAAUCACUGAGUCAAUCAGUUCCGCAUCUCAGAAGCUUUAGAAAGUGAAGGCAGUGUUAGAAUUAUUGGUAAUUGCAGAAAUAGUUGGUCCAUCACCCAGUGUCCAGUACUCGCAUUGGGGCUUGACUUCAUGCUCGCUUUUUU